AUGGGCCAAGACGUUUCCACCAAAGAUACAGACGUCAAUGUCACGUCUGUAUCUCCCGAAGUCGUCGAUGAAGUCGAUAUCCAACAGGGCGACAAAACUGCUCUCCCCUCAGGAACUUUCGAUCCAGUCUACGAGGCCAAAGCACGCGAACUCAACAAGGCCAUUCAAGCCAUCGGCAUGGGCAAGUAUCAAUGGCAGCUGUUUGUCGUUAUCGGUUUCGGCUGGGCGAGUGACAAUCUCUGGCCGAUUGUUACGUCUUUGAUUUUGACGGCGGUUGGGAAUGAGUUCAAGCCGGCUCAUAAUGCAUACCUUUCUCUAUCGCAGAACAUCGGACUGUUGAUUGGGGCGAUAUUCUGGGGUUUCGGGUGCGAUUUGUUCGGGAGAAAGUGGGCGUUCAAUUUGACAAUCGGUAUCACAGCCGUAUUCGGUCUUGUCGCUGCGGGUUCGCCCAAUUUUGCAGCUAUCUGUGUCUUUGCGGCGUUGUGGUCGGUGGGCGUUGGUGGAAACUUGCCAGUUGACUCGGCCAUCUUUCUCGAGUUUCUGCCGCCGUCGCAUCAAUACUUGCUGACUGUGUUGUCCAUCGACUGGGCAUUUGCACAACUAGUGGCUUCGCUGAUCGCGUGGCCGUUGUUGGGUGAUUAUACCUGUCAAGAAAGCGACGCCGACUGCACGCGCAGUAAGAAUUUCGGUUGGCGGUAUUUUAUGAUAGCCAUGGGCGGUCUGUCGAUGGUCAUGUUUGUCAUUCGAUUUGCUUUUUUUACCAUCUAUGAAUCGCCGAAAUAUCUCAUGUCUCGCGGGAAAGAUGCAGAGGCUGUGGCUGUUGUGCAUGAAGUUGCGCGCCGGAAUGGGAAGACGUCUGAUUUGACGCUUGAAGAUUUGACGAAGUACGAUGCUCUCGCUGAGCGGAGCGAGGAUGGUGUCAGAGCGCAACAGACAUCUGCCGUAGCGGCGUUGGAGCGCAAUCUUGAAAGGGUCAGCUUCACGCACGUGCGGUCCUUGUUUUCGACUGCGCGGUUGGGAAUAUCGACGUCGAUGGUCACGGCGAUUUGGGCAUUUAUCGGGUUGGGUUAUCCGCUAUACAACGCCUUCCUACCUUACAUCCAGGCCACUCGAGGAGCCGACUUUGGCGACGGGUCAACGUAUAUCACCUACCGCAACGAAGUCAUCAUCUCCGUCCUGGGCAUUCCAGGCUGUAUCCUGGGCGGCUUUCUCAUCGAACUCCCACGCUUCGGCCGCAAGGGUGCUCUUGCGCUCUCCACAACCCUCACCGGCGUCUUUUUGUAUGCAUCCACGACAGCAACAACCUCCAACGCGCUGCUCGGCUGGAACUGCGCGUACAAUUUCGUGAGUAACAUCAUGUACGCCGUGUUAUACGCCUAUACACCGGAAGUCUUCCCCACGAAAGACCGUGGGACGGGAAACGCGAUCGCGGCAUCGGCGAAUCGUAUCUUCGGGGUCAUGUCGCCGAUUAUUGCCAUGUUUGCGAAUCUGAACAGUGCGGCGCCGGUGUAUGUCAGUGGAGCGUUGUUUAUUGCGGCCGGAUUGUUGGCGUUGCUGUUGCCGUUCGAGUCGAGGGGAAAGGCCAGUCUGUAA